AUGCCGCCGCCGCAGUCGGGCAUGACCCUCUGCCGCCUUCCCACGGCCACCCUUGGCCUUCCGUUUUCUCUCCCCUGUUUGCUAUCUCGUCCCCGCCUGGCCCUCGCCGCACGUCGCGCCAGGGCCGUCGCCGCCAGGGCCUCCUCCUCCUCUCCAUCACCGGACUCUUCCUUCGGUUCGCGGAUGGAGGAUUCCGUCAAGAAGACGGUGUCCGACAACCCCGUUGUCAUCUACUCCAAGUCAUGGUGCUCAUAUUCCAUGGAGGUGAAGGCGCUCUUCAAGCGGAUCGGUGUGCAGCCCCACGUCAUCGAGCUCGACCAUCUCGGCGCUCAAGGACCACAACUACAAAAUGUAUUAGAGAGGCUGACUGGACAGUCUACUGUUCCUAAUGUUUUCAUCGGUGGAAAGCAUGUUGGUGGCUGUACAGAAGUACCACAUGGUAAAAUUGAGUCAACUACUAGCACUUUUUUCCUUCAACCUGGUGCAUCUGCACUUGGUCGUCCCGCAGCAGCGAAGAAGCAGUCAAGCAGAGCAUAUCACAGAAUGCUUUCAGUUGUAGCAGCAGGUAACCGCGGCAGGCUCGUUGCAGCCACCGCGUGCUUCCUCGUCGCCCUCCUGCAGCAGCUGCAGGUGCGCCCGGCCACGGCCACGGCCACCCCGCCUCGCGCCUUCUUCGUCUUCGGCGACUCGCUGGUGGACAGCGGCAACAACAACUACCUGGCCACCACGGCGCGAGCCGACUCGCCGCCCUACGGCCUCGACUUCCCGACGCACCGCGCCACGGGCCGCUUCUCCAACGGCCGGAACGUGCCGGACAUCAUCAGCGAGUACCUGGGCGCGGAGCCGACGCUGCCGUACCUGAGCCCGCACCUGGACGGGCGCAAGCUGCUGGUGGGCGCCAACUUCGCGUCGGCGGGCGUCGGCAUCCUCAACGACACGGGCAUCCAGUUCGCCAACAUCAUCCGCAUCCAGAAGCAGCUCCGGUACUUCCGGCAGUACCAGAGCCGCGUGAGCUGCCUGAUCGGCGGCGACGCCACGGCGCGCCUCGUCCGGGGCGCCCUCGUGCUCAUCAGCCUGGGCGGCAACGACUUCAUCAACAACUACUUCCUGUUGCCCUUCUCGGCGCGGUCCCGGGAGAUGUCGCUGCCGGACUACGUGCGCUACAUCGUCUCCGAGUACGCCAAGAUCCUGCGCCAGCUCUACUCCCUGGGCGCGCGCCGGGUGCUCGUCACGGGGUCCGGACCGCUCGGGUGCGCCCCCGCCGAGCUGGCGCUGCGGGGCAGCCGCGCCGGGGAGUGCAACGCCGAGCUGCAGCGCGCCGCCGCGCUCUACAACCCACAGCUCGUGGACAUGAUCAAGGGCGUCAACGCCGAGCUCGGCGCCGACGUCUUCGUCGCGGUCAACGCCUACCGGAUGCACAUGGACUUCAUCUCCGACCCGGCGGCGUACGGCUUCGUCACCUCCAAGGUCGCGUGCUGCGGCCAGGGCCCCUACAACGGCCUGGGCCUCUGCACCGCCGCCUCCAACGUCUGCCCGGACCGCAACGUCUACGCCUUCUGGGACAACUUCCAUCCCACGGAGAAGGCCAACCGCAUCAUCGUCAGCCAGUUCAUGGACGGCACCCAGGAGUACAUGCACCCGCUCAACCUCAGCACCAUCCUCGCCGUCGACGCCCGCGCCGCUGCCGCUGCCACCUUCAGCUAA